UGUUACUCUGGUUAUAUUGUUCUAUCCGACGUUGCCUUGGUGUCUGUUCCUACAAGCGAGCGACUGCUACUGAACACGUCCACCUACAAUAAUACCUCAUCUCCUCGCAUAACACCCCCCUCCCUCCUUUCGCUGCUAGCCGAGCUUUGAGACAUAUUCGGUCCCUUCUCCGUACUCUUAUCACAUCUUCACGACGCCAUUGCCCCAAUACAUACCCUACCGUAAACAUGGCCGACAUGAAAGAAGGAAAGUUCGUCCACGACUCCACGGUGGCUCCCAAGUCGGACCGUGUCCUCCCCCUAUUUUCCCUCAAGGGCAAGACGGCCAUCGUCUCGGGUGCCAGCGCAGGCAACAUCGGACUGGGAAUAGCCCAAGCCCUCGCCGAAGCUGGCGCCAACGUAGCCAUCUGGUACAACAGGAGGAAAGAGGAGGCCGAGACAUCUGCCGCGGAAAUCGAAAAGGAGUACGGCGUCAAGUGCCAAGCCUACCAAGUAAACGUCACCUCGUACGACGCGGUCGCCGAGGCCGUCGACACCAUCGUGCGGGCCUUCAACGGCCGGCUCGACGUCUUCGUGGCCAACUCGGGCGUCGCGUGGACCAAGGGCCCCAUGCUGGACGGGCCCAUCGACAUGUACACGGACGUGGUCAAGACCAACCUGGACGGCACCUACUUCAGCGCGCGGGCGGCGGGGCUGCACUUCCGGCGGCAGAAGCGCGAGGGGACCGACCUGGUGGGCGGCAAGCCGCUCGACCCGCCCUUCACCACGGGCAGCUUCAUCGCCACCGCCAGCAUGAGCGGCCACAUCGUCAACGUGCCCCAGCUGCAGGCCUCGUACAACGCCAGCAAGGCGGCUGUGAUCCACCUCUGCAGGAGUCUGGCGGUCGAGUGGACUGGUUUUGCCCGCGCCAACUCGGUUAGCCCGGGGUACAUUGUUACGAGCAUCUCGGAGUUUUGUGACGAGGAUACGAAGAGGGCGUGGAAGGACAAGAUCCCGAUGGGCCGUGAGGGUGAGGUGUCCGAGCUCAAGGGUGCAUACAUCUAUCUGGCGUCGGAUGCGUCAUCGUAUACUACGGGAACGGAUAUCAACGUUGACGGCGGAUACUGCGCGCCAUAAAGGAGGCGGAUAUGGCGGCGAAUGUGGGAGGAUUCGUGGGAGGAUUCUUGAGUGUGUUGAGAGACAAUGUGUUUCAUAAGUAAGGUACCUGUAUUUCGUAGAUAGAAGAGUGAG